UCUCAUAACCUCAAAGUAAAACGUAAACAAUUCGGUGUUUUUGUUUAUGAUUUUGUGGUGUGUUUUUCGCGUGAAAAUCAGUGAGAAAAUUGGGAAAAUUCAUUGAAAAUGUCUCUGGCGGAUGAACUACUUGCUGAUCUCGAGGAGAAUGACGAUAACCAGCCUGAAGUGGCCAUGGAGGAGGCAGAACCAGCUGAUAUGGAUGAUGAUCAAGAAGCCACCCUCGAGGGGGUUGAAGAGAUGGAAAUUGACGUGAAAGUGGCUUCUGUGCGGGAAGUUUGUAAGCUGAGGGAUUCCCCGAAAUUGGCAGACAUUCUCCGACGCAUUGAGAUCUAUGCCAAUGCAAUGGUACCCCGGAAAUCCGCCGAUAUGGUUGGGAGUGUUGAAUCAGAUCCGGAAUAUCAGCUGAUUGUCGAAGCGAAUGGAAUUGCUGUUGAGAUUGACAAUGAAAUAGUAAACAUUCAUCGAUUUACAAAGGAUAAGUACCAGAAGCGCUUUCCGGAACUCGAUAGUCUCGUUAUGGGGGAGCUCGACUACAUUCGCACUGUGAAGGAAUUGGGCAAUGAUCUGGAUAGGGUGAAGAACAAUGAGAUCCUCCAGCAAGUUCUCACACAGGCAACAAUAAUGAUUGUCUCCGUGACGGCAUCCACGACGCAAGGAACACACCUCAAUGAGGAAGAAUUGAGACGUAUUCAGGAGGCGUGUGACAUGGCAAUUGAUCUGCAUGCGUACAAAAUGAAAAUCUACGAAUACGUCGAGAGCAGGAUGACCUUCAUCGCGCCGAAUUUGUCCGUAAUUGUGGGUGCAUCGACAGCUGCAAAGAUUCUCGGUCUGGCCGGGGGGCUGAUAAAGCUCUCAAAGAUGCCAGCGUGCAAUGUCCUCAUUCUCGGCUCGAAAAAACGCAUCCUCUCGGGCUUCUCGAAAGUAGCCAUGCUCCCACACACGGGCUUCAUCUACUACUCAGACAUUGUCCAGGAAACUCCACCGGAUCUCCGGCGGAAGGCAGCACGUCUAGUGGCCAGCAAGUGCACCCUCGCUGCCCGCGUGGAUGCCUGCCAUGAGAGCACCAAUGGGCAAAUUGGGCAGCAAUUCCGCGAGGAUAUUGAGAAGAAGUUGGACAAGCUGCAGGAACCACCUCCGGUGAAGUUCAUUAAACCCCUACCGAAGCCCAUUGAGAGUAGCAAGAAGAAACGCGGCGGGAAGCGCGUACGGAAGAUGAAGGAAAGGUACGCUAUUACGGAAUUCCGCAAGCAGGCAAAUCGAAUGAAUUUCGGAGACAUCGAAGAGGAUGCCUAUCAGGAAGAUCUGGGGUAUUCCCGUGGUGUUCUCGGGAAGUCCGGCACUGGGCGCAUUCGUCUCCCGCAGGUGGAUGAGAAGACAAAGGUGCGAAUUAGUAAGACGCUGCAGAAGAACCUUCAGCGGCAGCAGGUUUGGGGUGGAAGUACAACGGUUAAGAAGCAAGUUUCCGGAACGGCAUCAAGUGUUGCCUUCACACCCCUUCAGGGGUUGGAAAUUGUCAAUCCGGGUGCUGCGGAGAAAUCCAUUGAUUCCACAGCAAAGUACUUCUCAAAUACAAGUGGAUUCAUCUCGGUGGGAAAGACAACAACGUAGGGGGGCCGUGACAAAAUGAAAAUAACAAAUAAAGGAAAACGAAAAUGUGGAAAAUGUGUGUAGAAAAAAUAAAAAAAAUAAAUAAAUAAAAUGCAAAUUCUUUGAAAUUAUUGUACAUUUAAUAAAUGAAAAAUAUUUAAACUCAAA